CAGCUGAAGAGUUCUACCGGGAAGUGACUGCCAAAUUUUCGACUUUUUAUCAUAUUUUCUUCCAAAAUACACCAUCAAGAUGUGUACACAACUGGUUUGUAAUGGUUACGAUGAAUUUAAAGCUCAUGUAGCAGAAAAUAAAGGAAAAACGAUCUUUGCUUUCUUCACAGGCGCUGCAGAUGCGCUUGAUAAUGAGAGCUGGUGUCCAGACUGUGUUAAGGCUGACCCAGUGAUUGAGAGUAAGAUGUCUGAAAUUCCAGAAGAUGCUAUCUUCAUCCUGUGUGCUGUUGGCACAUGUGAAUUCUGGAAAGACAAGCAAAACGCAUUCCGUACUGAUGCUGAUUUAAAACUGACUUGCGUUCCAACACUAGUCAAGAUGGGAAAGGAUAUUAAGAAGCUUGGAGAGGCAGAGUGUGCUAAUGGGGACCUAGUUUCUAUGCUUUUUACAGAGGACUAAAAACGAAGAGCAGGCUUUCUCCUUAGGCAAGGAUGGAUCUUGUUUUAACCAAAGAACUGAAUUUUCAUCUGAUUCGUUGGAUUUGUAACAAUCUUUCAUAAUUAUCAUAUUGGUGCUUUGACAUUCAUCUACUCCAUGAACUCUCUUGCAUUUCAUAUUGAUGACUUAGAUGCCUGGAAUAUGUAAUCAUCAAGAAAGGUUAAUAAAAAUUGGGUGUGAAUGGCCCAGUCAUGAUCCAUUGGGAGAAUAUAUGCUUUCAUUUUAGUCAUUCUCAGCAGUUUCAAGUACACCACAGUAUAUCAUAUGAGCUGGUACCCGUGUAACAUUGUGUAGCAUUUUUACAGCAGUAACUAUGUAAGAUCAGGGGAAGAUCAGUCACAAUGCCAAACGACCAUGUCAUUGUCAUUUAGUUAGUUUGUUUACCUUGGCACUUCUCAGAUUGACUACUUUUUCAAAUGAUUUUCUACGGUGUGAUGUUCUUAAUGUAAAUCAGCAGACAAACAUGUAUUGAUCUUUCUGUAAAGCUGUCGCAACAACUGAAAAAAGGUAUUAUUUGGUGCACCCAUAAGACAAUAGACUAUUGGUGGUGGGCAUCGAUGUUCUGUCCAUGGUGUCUGCCAGUGCUGCAACACUCAUCCACAUGUAUGUUUGUAACUUGAGAAUGUUGUCGUCUGCAUUGUGGUUUGUAAAGCUUAACACCACUCUGGCCAAUGGGGCACCUGUUGUGUUACUCUACAGGAAAGAAGAGUCCACUGACCAUCUUCUUUGGGUAGUCAAUUCAAAUCGGCCAGGGAAAUGUUAACCCUUACCAUUCUUUGAAUGGGGUAUUCAGGAAGGUGUUCUAAAUAUUGAUAGAACAUGAAAGCGCCCCAGGAACAUUGUGUUGAAACGUCACAACCUACGAUUGGAAGAGAACCAGAAUACUCAAUCAAUACUCAAAAAGGUUGUAUCAAUAGUAUGUCCACUUCCUACCCCUACAUAACAAAUAACAUGUACAUGUCAGAUGUAAUCAAUGGAAGCCUCUUUCCUGUAAUGCAACUACAUUGUACCAGCAGUAUUCCAUUGGCCACGGUGAAAGUGCCUUGAAUGGGACACUUAAAGCUUUUUCAAAUGCCUGAGUACAGCAGAUUGAAGCAGUGGUGUGAUAGUAACUAAAGCAUUUAUUGAUUGUGAGGUGUCUUCCAUUGCUUGGCCACCAUUGUCUACAGCUUGGUAACAGAUCUGUUGUAUUUUGUUGUCUUGCGCUUCCAUAGCUAUUUUCAUCGUGAGAAAAGACGCCAGUCUCUGUCAGUGAGGAUGUUGUGCAAUUUCUUGCCAUAUAUUUGUUAGGAAAUUGCCUGAAGUGAAUCCCUUCAAAAUGGUGAAAUGUCACAACAUAAUGUGCUAAAAGCAUUCCUGUCAUACUUAUAUUGCACCUCUCUAUAAACCGAAAUGUGCUUUGUCUAAUAUGAUUUGGAAGUAAAUUAUUUAUAAAUUGAAAAA